AAUGUCAAAUUUAGAUGACAAAUGUGAAAUGACAAAUGACACUAAUUGUAAUGAAAAUUGUAGGAGGAUAGAUACUCCCUGGAAAUUGAUAAUUUUCAUUUUUUAUACUCAAUUAGUGAUAAUUACUGUAUAAAAUGUCAUCACCACCCCCUACAAAACCUCCCCGAGGAGUGAAGCAGGGUAAAGAAACGAGUGGCUUGCUCAUGUCAGUGAUACGUACAUUGUCAGCAAGUGAGACUAACGAACAACGAGAAAAAGAAAGAGCAAAAUUAGAGAAAGAAUAUAAGAAGAGCGACGCUAAGCUAGAUGAAUUAGUUGCAGCUCAUGCUCAGGAAAUCACUGAUGUUAUGCAAAAAUUCAGUGCAGUCUGUGCCGCACUAGGUGCAUGGGGGCAACACUGUUCGGCGGCUGAGGCAAGGUUAGGGGCAUGUAGGGCUCUACUGAGGGUCCGGAGAGAUGAUUUGAGGAGGCUGUGGGCCGAUGCUAGGACACACCAUCACGCUUUGAGAAUGCUUACUGACAUCGAACGCGUGGUGGUGUCGGAGCGGUCGGCGCGAGAGCUAGCGGCCGCGGGGCGCGUGCUGGGCGUGGCGCACGCCCUGCGCGGCGCGCUGCUCACCGCGCGCACCGAGCUGCCGCGCGUGCACGCGCUCAGCGCCACCACCGCGCAGCUGCAGGCUAAGAAGAUAGAGCUAGUUGAUAUAAUAGUGAAAAGGAUCAGUACAGCCGUGUACAAAGGAGAACGCGCUCCGUUAGGUCGGGUUCUCUCUGCAAGGCGUAGGACUGCGUUAUUACUUGCUGAACUGACAAAAAGUGAAGAGUUAACUGACGCGUACUUACAAGAUAUAACACCGGAGUACGAGGCGUCUCUCGCUGAAGAUGACAAAACCUUUGAAACGACCGUCAUGAUAUCUCUCGAAGCUUUGGGCGUUUUGGAGCAACUAAAAGAAGCGACUGAGAAAUUCAAAGUACAAAUACAGAACGAACUACUCGAAGUAAUAGACGCGGUGUCUCGUCGCAUCAUCGAUGACGUAGACCUGGAGCCCGAAGCUGACGAUACUGAGGACACACCUGAUGGACCUGACGGCGGUGAGGGGGUUGAGGGGGUCGAGGGGGAGGGCCGCGCUCUGGCGAGGCUCGUCGCUUGCCUAGCUGAUGAGUUCAAGGCUUGCGGGGCUAGGAACAAGCGCCUGCUGCAGCUGUGGCGCGCGGCGCUGCAGCGACACUCGCUGAGCGAGCGCACGCUCCACAGCGAGCACCACUACUGGAGCGCCGUACAGCAAGUGAUGCAACUACUGUUGACGGAAUACUUGGAAAUAGAGAGCGUUAACCUGGCAGCGCAACGUUCUAGCGCGAACACCGCUGACAGCAACGCACCAGAACUACGCCUUUCCGAUUACUUCUCGAAGAAACGACCGCAAAGACGCCGAGACAAACUUUUCAAACUUACUGUGGCGACGCCACCGGUGUCGAGCGCUGUAUCGCGCAGACAGCGCUACCCGCUCGUCUGUCGUCCGAACCCUGCGCUUCUACAUGCUGCGCUACCAGCGCUGCAUGCGCUUUGUGCACAUCUUGAAAGACCUGGGGGUAGUGAGUGCUCACUGCGUGCCUUCAUCUCGGAUUAUGUACGGUGGGGUGAAAGCGAGCGACUAGCUCAGAGUGCUCGUAUGACUAUCGACACCGCUAUGAGAGCCCCCGCCGCUUGGAGAGAACGUGCGGUGCCGCCGGACCACACUGACGCUGAACGACGGCGGCCAAUAUUCGCGUGUUGCCUGGAGGCGUGGGGCGCUGUGCGGGAUAGUGCGCUUGCAGCGCGGCGCUGUGGCGCUUGUGGAGGACUUGCAGCGCUGCGGGCUACCGAUGCAGCGCUUUCGGCGCUGUUAACGCACUGUCGCGCCGCGCAUGCGCGUCUAGCCCCUUCACCACCGGCGCGUGCAGCGCGAUGGAUGGCUGAUGACGAUAUUGUCCGCUUCCUACAAACUUUGCCCAAUUAUCGCGCUGCCGUCGACCGCACUGACUACACCGAGCAGGAGUUGAAACAAGCGUACGAGCGGGAAGCGGAGAUCCUCGGGACAAGUCUAGGCGAUGGUGAAGUUUCCAGUCGCGAGAUAGUCGCCGAUAUCAACACAUUAGUAGAUUUAGCACUGCUAUGUGAAAGUAUGGAUUGGUUAAGCACGAAUAUGAAGACGAUACCAAACAUCGUGGGUACACCAACUGCGGGUGGACUGAAACUGACUGAAAAAUUCCUUAACGAUUUGGCCUCCACUGCUGCCGUGUUUGAAGAAAUCGCGCAAAAGUGUUUGGUCUUCUUGCAUUUGGAGAUGCGCAUCGAAUGUUUCCAUUACCUGGGCCAGGAAGAAAGUGGUGAUGAGGAAGGUGGUGGUGCUGCUCGCCUUGCGACUCGUCUGCUCGCCUUUCACGAACAAGCCACUGCACUGCUGGCGCCCUCUGCACUCGCGUACGUGAUGGGUGGCGUGGGCGAGAUGAUGUCGGCGGCGGUGGUGUGGCGCUGGCAGAGCGAGCGCGGUGCGGGGGCGGGCACGCGGCUGGCGGCGCUGCGGCACUGCCUCGCCGCGCUGCAGCUGCCGCACGACGGACUGCACGCCGCCACCGCCUACCUGCAGCUGCUGGCCUGCACGCCCGAGGAGAUAAUAGCGUCGGUUCGCGAGAAGGGCCCUCAGUUCUCGGAGCUGGAGUACCUCAACGCGUUUAAGGUGAUCGGAGCAAGGCGCGGCCUCUCGCCUGCAGACAUGAGAUCGCAGUUGCGGCAGUUGUCCGCCGCUCUCGGACACGUGGGCGUCACUGUUUAACAUAAUGAUUUUCUAGUUGUAAAGGCGUGACCUUGAAGGUGUAACAUGUGCCCAUGACUUUGAAAGGAAGAAAGAAAGAAACACAUUUAUUUGGGACAUAAUACAAAUUAUAGAAAAUGUAAAUGCGCGCGCACGUGGCCUUCUAGGUGUAACAUGCGCACGCACGUGGUCUUCUAGGUGUAACAUGCGCGCGCACGUGGCCUUCUAGGUGUAACAUGUGCGCAAAAUAAAUUUCUUAGUUUCAAAAGCGUUAAAACAAUUAUAAUGCAAUAAUUAAAUAUUAUUGAAAACAUA